UAGAUACGGUCGGUAACAGAGAGAUGAGUAUUUAUGUGUGAGUAUUCUCUAUGAAGUGCAGAUCCAUUUUUUAUAAUUUUGGGUCCGAGCCCACCCGACAUCCGAAGCCCAAUAGCAUUAGUGGACUUCACCCUUUUUGGGCCGUUUUGUAGGCCCAAAUAAGAGCGCUUAAAAUAUUAUUAUUGUUUAGGCGCCAAACGCUUCAACUUCUAAUUUGUUUUUGCCCCAAAAAAUGAGAUCCCCCACCCGCCUCCUCCAUCCAAAUCCCUUCUCUUUCCCCUCUCUCUCUCUCUCUCUUCACCCUUUUUAUUCCUCUUCUCCUCACUACAUGUUUAGAACUUUGCCCUAGGAUCCCCCAAGAGGUGUAGCGCCAUGGAGAGCUUCGACGAGGACGAGGGCGACCUCCUCUUCCCGGCCGCCGCCGCCGCCGCCGCCGCCGCCGAAGAUCCUGCCUCUCCCCUCCCCCGGCCCAAGCUGAAGCGCUUGAAGAAGGCCUCCCAAUGUAGGGCUACAGCACCCGAACGGUCCCCUUCCUCUCAAACCCUAGAGAUCCCCGAUCCGUCCCACGCCGCCAUUCCGGAGGAGGCGGCGCCCGAUUUGGGGCUAUCUGAGGAGAAUGAUGGGCUCGACCCCCUGUUUCCGGAGCCUGGGUUUCGGGGGGAAGGAGAGGAAGAGGAAGAAGGGGGUGGUUUCGAUAGCUUUGAUCCGGAUGUCGAGAGUGGUGGGAUAGGAACAGGGGGAUUGAUCGAGGAGCUUCGGAGAGACAGCGCGAAGAAGCGGCUCAUCUGGGAUGAUGUAGAAGAAACUACGGAGACGAAGAAGGAUAAGAAGACGAAGACGAUGAAGAAGAAGAAAUCUGAUAAGAAUCAUGCUGAUUUUUCCGCUCGGCGGCCGAAAGAAUCCGUUCGCGAGAAGAGAAGGCUAGAGAAAGAAAGGAAGGCUUAUCUGGAUCUAAUGCACGCCGAAUCUCAGAGGCUUUUGCGCGAAACUCGUGAUGUUUCUUUUAAGUCUGUGACUCUUGUUCAGAAGCCGAUCUCAUCGGUUUUGGAGAAGAUUCGUCUCAGGAAGCUGGAGAUUACGAAACAUGUUGGUUUCAGAUAUUGCACUCCUAAUCUGACUGAUUCAGUUGCCGAGGCUGACUGUUCCUUGGAUGAAACAGCUCCAUGUCCUGAACUUCCUGCGGAUUUAAACUUGACAAACGAUAAUAGUUCAAAUAUGAUUCUGGAUGAUGCUGCCUUGGAUGCUAGCAACACUAAUAUAAUUAUUGAGCGCUGUGAGGAUGUUGCAGCGGACAAGGAGAGUGGAGAGAACAAUCAUUCCAAUGAUAGUGCUAAUGAUGUCGCAGAGGAAUCUCCAAGUUCACCUAUGCCUUCAAGCCCAAUUCCUGAUGAUGAUGUUUCAUCAUCAGAAGCAAGCGACAAGGAGAAUAUCAAUCCACACCUUCACAAAGCUGUCAGCAUGGACCCAUAUCCAAAAGGUGGUCCUGCAAAAGCUUAUUUAGAUGAAGAGGCUGAAGAAGAAGAUGAUAGUGAUCAUGACCUAACAAGGUUUCAGGAAAAUGAAGAGGAUGAUGAUGAUGAUGAUAGUGAUGAAAAUGAAGUGCUAAAUGAUCUGAUUGCAACUGGAUUUGAGGAGAGGCCAGUAGAUCAUGAGAAGCGUAAUGAGCUUCACCAAAAGUGGCUUGAGCAACAAGAUGCAGCUGAAACAAAUAAUGUUCUCCAGAGGCUGAAAUGCAAUCAAAAGCAGAAAGAAUCAACAAUUAAAGAUGAAGAUGAUGAUGAAGAUCUUGCUGUAGAGUCUGCAGAUGAAAGAUCAUAUGAGCCACUUCCGAAAAAUGUUAUUAAACAGAAUUCGGAAAGAGCAAAACAAAUGAUUGCACAAAUGUUCACGGAUGAUCAUGAUAUUUACGUGCCCUCUGAUGAUGAGGAGAUAGAACAGUCUUUAGUUCGUCAGCGCCUGUCAAAGCAAACAGACUCUUUUACAUCUCCACUAGAUGAUGAGCAAUCAAAGGAAAUUUUUGGUCUUAUAAAGAAGCUCAAUAUUGCUCCUCAGCCCAAGAAGAGAGGCAGACAAGCAACAUCUAGCUUGGACAUGCUGAUGCUUGGGGGGAACAGCAAUAGUUCUUCAAAGUCAUCUUUCGUUGGUCGAACGACAAAUUCUUCAGUCUCGUCUUCCCACAAAUCAGCAACUUUUCGAGCAUUCAUAUUUGGGCGUGAUGACAGCAAUAGCAGAAGCGACUUGUCCUCUUCGGAGAGCCAUUCUAUGGGUCAGACGGAAAACAAACAAUCAAGGCCACCGUCAUCAACUAAGUUCAGUAACUCUCAGUCAAAAUCAGCUUCAUUUAGAGCAAAGUCCGAGGCUAAUGCAACUGUAACUUCCUCACUGUAUGAGAUCCUGCGUCGCUCGUCUGUCAAUUUUGAUAAAGAAGGUCAUGUAAUUACAGAAACUCAAGCUAACCACCAAUUCUCGGCAUUCAGAUCCAUAAGAAGGAUUUCAUAGAAGGAAUAAAAAAAAAAAAGAUGCAUGAGAACAUGAAAAUGAACAGAAACAGCACUGAUCAUGUGCUUUCUCUUCAAUCUAAGUAAUUUUGAUA